AUGCAUGAUUCAUAUAGGCAUAAAAAGAGGCGAGGAUAUCGCAGACACAGAGAUUAUGAUAGUCAUGAGGACACGCUGUCGAUCUCCCUUGACGAAUCUCUCUACAGGGAGAACUACAGCGCUGCAUCCAUCUUAAGGAACAAAAUACUUUCUGAAAACUCACUUUCAUCGCACACUUUUCCUCCUUGCAAAUUUCGAGAGCAAGUAACGUAUGAAAUUCGCCAAAGGGUCAAAAAGACCGAGGCUAGAGCAUAUAACCCAGAUUGCUACCAUUGUUCGAUUAAAAACGAACAUUAUUACACUAUAUCACAGUCUACUACGGUAUUUAUGUGUUUGGAUUAUUACAAGAAUUGUAUAUUGGAGGAACAGAUUCUUCUCUUGCCUCUAAAGCACAUCGCUUCUACAGUAAAUUUGGAUGAAAACGGAUACAUAGAGUUGAGAAAUUACCAGAAAACCUUGGUAAACAUGUUUGAUAAGGUAGACAAGGUUGUGAUUUUUGCGGAAGUAUCACUGAAUAACAAGCGUCUUAAGGGUAUUGGCACUGAUAAUCACGUGGAUCAUUGUAAAAUAGAAUGUUACCCAAUCCCCAAGGAAUUGCUAAAUGAAGCAAAGUGUUAUUUUAUCAAGGCCCUGGAAGAGGUUGGAUCGUACUCAUCUCAGAAUCAAAAGGUUAUUGAUAUAAGAGGCAAGGUUGGGGUUAGAGGACAUAUCCCUCAGGGAAUAGAUUUUAUUCAUAUCGAUUUUUCCCUUGGUGGUGAGGGUAUGGCGUGUGUAAUUGAUGAUCAGGUAAGAAUAAAACCAACAUUUGCUAGAGAUAUUAUUUCCGGAAUAUUGGAGUUUGACGCCUUGCAACGAGUUUUUAGAGAUAGAGAGGAUUAUACAAAGGCAAUAGAAUCAGUGCGUAAAAGAUACAAGACUUAUGAUUGGACUAGGGUUGUAUGA